GUUUUAAAAGAGGUGUUUGGGCUUUAACAUUUUGGGAAUAACUGAGGUAACUGUAUUUUGUAAAAUAAUAUGUAAAGUAAUAUUUAUAUUGUUCUAGGUCCUUUCGAAGAGGAAAAGGCUCUGGAAAUAAGAUAUUAUACUACCACUUAGAGACACGAAAAUGUAUUGAACUGUUGCAGAAAAACCUACGUCUAGUUUUGUAAAUCAACAAACCAUAAUAAUAAUAUGCCGGUUUGCAAUCUUCCACUUCCAAAAACACACCAAGUAACUGGCACGUUAUUGUUUGCCAAGCCCAACGUUACAACUCACACCGUCGGGUCUCUGAAUCACCAAGAGACUAGGCUAGUGGUGACGACUUAAAAAAUCUAUCGGUGAAACUAUCGAUGCAUUCAUAAAAGUUGGUAUCUGUGGUUUAAAAAAGACAGAUCUGCAGAAUUUACUGACUUCGCAAGGUUUCAAAGAUGUCGGAGUUAACGGGAGACUCUGGACCUAAUGCUCUCCAGCAGUUUACAGACAAAACAGCAUUUGGUGUCAAUGAGAAGUUUGAUGCUGUCGACAAUAAUAGCGAAAUGGCUACUGCACAAUUCCUGAAAGCUUGUGUUGAUAUAACUAGUAUUUUGGAUCGGCUCGGAACUGGAUUUUCAGUGCCCAAGAAAGACAUAGUGGGAAAUAUCAAGAGGAUUGAUGAGAAGUUCAAGAGUAACCCCGAAAAGUACUCCACCCUGAAAGUCAUCAUUCAGGAUGAGGCACAGGUCCAAGCAAAGUCAUCAAAGAUCACAAGCUUAGCUGCUGCCUUGAUCUGGCUGAGGAGAGCUCUGUCGUUCCUGCUGUCUUUCAUCUCCCUCCUGUCCAAGGAGUACCACGCCGGAGUGGGGGAGCAGAAUCUGCGACAGACUGUGGUCACCGCCUACCAGGGUACCCUCAAACCUUUUCAUGGGAGGAUGACGCAGUUUCUUUUCUCUGACUUGCUAAAAGGAAGCAGGGUUGCUAAUGGAAUGCAAACAAAUGGAUCAAGGGGAAAUCAGGUUAAAUUACAUAAAUCUUUACAAACUUUUCAUUUUUUUAUAUUGGACUUGGCUUUUUCUUAAUUUGAUUUGGUUUUAUAAAGAUACAGUUCAUGAAUUACUGAAAUAUUUUGCCACUUGACUGAUUCCCUUGAGACAUUCUACUGGUUCUGUUAAAGUUAUACAAUUCAGUGCAGCGUAACACACUUGGCCACUAACCCUCUAGUAGGCCAACGCAGAUGGCGAUGAAAAGUAAAGAUAACUUUAGUUUUUUGGGGUUUGGUUUGGUAAAUGUGUGGUUUGCUGCAUUACAACAUGUUGCAUCUAGUGUUUAAAACAUUAAUUGUCACUACUUUUAUGCAUUGAAAGAGCAACAUGUUGUAGCUUGGGGUAUAAUGUAGCAAAGCUUGUCAUUCACUGUCAUGGACAUUUUAAAUCUUUAGCUUCUUAUACAGUGAGUGGUUCACGGGGGCUCUGGUGUGGUUUGAUCUUUCUUUCCUAGUAAAGAUAGAAUCUAUCAUCGUUAUCUCUCUUUCUUCUUUUCUUU